AAAGUGGUGCGCGCAGACGGGGCGCUGGACUUGAGGCAAACAACAUAUACCUAGUAACCGAUUGUGAUAGCUGUUAAAAAUAGAAUUCCGGACGUAGUCUGAAUUCGACUCGGGCAAAAUUGUUAACGUUGAUAUUAAAGGCAGAAAAGUAAAUUCCGUUACAAAAAAUAUACUCUUUGGCUUUCUCUCUCCUUCAGUCACUGUUGAGUGUGUGUGCGUGCGUGUCAAUUUUACAGUGCAAAAGCUCCAAUUUAUUGUAUGAGUCAAAAAACUGAAAGACCAGUGCUAUCGGGUCAACGCAUCAAGACCAGAAAAAGAGAUGAAAGAGAAAAAUAUGACCCAACGGGAUUCCGUGAUGCGGUCAUUGCUGGUCUCGAAAAAACUGAAGGCGACCUGGAACAAAUCUCUAAAUAUCUAGACAGCGCGGGCAACAAGCUCGACUAUCGUCGUUACGGUGAAGUUCUCUUCGAUAUAUUGAUUGCAGGAGGUCUACUAGUGCCUGGCGGUUCCAUAUCUCAGGAUGGCGAAAAGCCGCGCACAAACUACUGCAUCUUCGAUGCGCCCGAGAGCAUGGAGUCCAUGCGCAACCAUGAACAGGUAUUUGUUAAGCUCAUCAGACGGUACAAGUACCUUGAGAAAAUGUUCGAAGAGGAGAUGGGGAAAGUUCUAUUAUUCGUAAAGGGCUUUACCCCAAGUGAACGUAUCAAGCUUGCGCGUAUGACAGCGCUCUGGUUAGUUAACGGCUCUGUACCGCCAAAUGUUUUACUGGUACUGAACAACGAGCAUCUGAUCAAAGAUGGCAUUGCACUGGAGUUUCUACUAGAGCUGUUCCAGACGUUCAAGCAAGAGAAGGGCAUUGCAUAUCUGAUUCAGGCGCUUAAGAAGGGUGGACUGGAAAGCAAACUUAUGGACUUUUUCCCACCAAACAAACGUACUGAGGAAUAUUUUAAACAAGUUUUUCUUGACAAAGAACUCAACGAGAUCGUCAAGCUGCAUAAGGCUCAAGCUAGCCAGGAGGCUAAGCGCGAGUUGCAGCAAGCACUCAUCGAUGAUAUCAACGAUGAGAAGCCACACAAUGAGAUAACCUCAGACAUUAAGGAAUUCUCGCAACGCAACAACAUUCCCGAUCAUGAAAUAAUUGUCAUUAUUUGGUCCACCAUCAUGUCAUUGGGCGAAUGGAACAAGAAGGAGGAGCUGGUUACCGAUCAGGCUGUUCGUCACCUGAAGACAUACUGCACACUGUUGCAGGCUUUCGCCUCAACAGACCGUUCGGAGUUGGCCCUAAUCCUAAAGGUGCAGGAAUUCUGCUACGAGAACAUGAACUUUAUGAAGGCCUUCCAAAAGAUCAUCUUGUUGUUCUACAAGACCGAGGUUCUGUCCGAGGAGAUCAUCUUGCGCUGGUACAAAGACGGUCACUCAAAUAAGGGCAAGAUGCAUUUCCUCGAACAAAUGCGCAAGUUUGUCGAAUGGCUUCAGUCAGCCGAAGAAGAAUCCGAAUCUGAGGACGAACAAAAGAAUGGCGAGUAACAAGGACAAGGUUAAUGGCUAAAAAGAAAAGGAACAACACAAACGGAGCCGCCCUUUACCAUCCCCAUCCGAUAAUUCGGAACCAGCAUCUACAACAGCCAGUCGAACUAUAUAUACAAUCCACCCCUAUGAAUAACAUCAUUAUGAGAAACUCCACCUAUAUAACACUCAAAAAAUUCCAACAAUAAAGGAGAGAGUAAAACAUACCGUCGUGCUAGAAAUUACAAGUUUGUAGUCCACUGUCCGAUAUCUUAGUUUUCCAAAUGAUGUCUUUAUCAAAUCAGUCGUGACCCAUAUUCAGUUCCCGUUUAAAGGCAAUAUACGCAAGAUGAAUAUAUAGAAACAAAUUGAUUUAAAUGUGUUAAUAAAAGUUUCAAGUUCUACAAGUACCAAAAAACAUCGGAAACGGAGGUAACUCGCAAUGAAUAAAUAACCCCACACAGGAUACCAGAACAUA